AUGGCUACAAGACGAAGUCAUCCGAAGUCUCGUAACGGCUGUAUUAUCUGCAAGCAGAGAAAAAUCAAGUGCGACGAGUCGCGUCCAACCUGUGCUAAUUGCCUACGAUACGGCGCCAGCUGCAGCUUUACGCCUCCUAAAGUUGCUUCUCUCCCCGUGAUAGCUCGUACUCGUCUGCCCAUCGGAGACUUAUCCUCUCAAUUACCAGAUGAUACAAACUCUCUAGGCACCGACUUGCAAACAACUUUUACUAAUCUUGGCAUAUUGGCCAACCCCAGCUCCACAUUAUCAAUCCCAUCUGGACACGACGAAUGUCGAGAUUUUGAACUAUUGCACCACUAUUGUACUUUUACAGCCGAUUCAUUAUCUCAACGUCUAGAUAGACGUCACAUCUGGAAAGUUGUCCUACCACAAGUCGGUUACGAACAUGACUUCGUUAGGCAUGGCGUUCUCGCCCUCUCAGCCAUACAUAAAGCGUAUUUGAACCCGAGCCAACGGCAGAUCUACUUAGUUCUUGCAGCGCACUAUCAAUCCCAAGGCUUAAGCGGUUUCAGAGCCAUAUUGCCCCGCAUUACAUACAACAAUUGGAGAGCUGUCUUCUGCUUUGCUACUAUCGUGAUAGUUUAUGUUUACUCACUGCCAUUAAGGAUAGAUGAUCUGAGGCUUGAGAAUCCUGUUCACAACUUAUUGGAACUGUUUACGGUUGUUCGAGGGCUGCGCGCUACUCUCGAACCCUUCACUCAUCUAAUAGCAAAAACUGAAUUUGCACCAGUAGUUCAUGGCAUAUGGAUUCCUGAAGAAGAGAAAAGCGUCCCAUCUCUUGAGCAUACCCUGCUUCCUCCAGAAACAUUUUCUGUUCUAUCUUCUCUACGACCACUGAUUCAAGGGAAAUUACCUCUUCCCAAGACACACCACUAUGAGCGUGCUAUCGAUGGGUUGGAAACAUGUACUAAAAUUGUAGCAUAUGCCGGUUCAUAUGUUGAGCCUGGCAUGGUAAUAUGGUGGUCAUGCAUACUCGACGAAACAAUUAUUAAGGACGUGGAAUCAUCUGAUCCGCACGCUUUAAUCCUCUUGGCACAUUUCCUAGUGCUCAUGAGCAUCACAGAGAGGGUUAACUGGUCCGUGAAAGGAUGGGCGAAACCGGUACUUGAAGAUAUUGAAAGACGUUUACGUGAUCGGCCCAGAUUUAUAGGUCAUCUUCACUGGCCGAAGGCUCAAAUAAAUCUAUAG